CUCCGAACCCGGAAGUGCGCGGGGCGGCCCCAAGAUGGCGUCUCCCCCUCCUCCGGGGGGCCCGAUGGCGAUCGCGAUGAGGCUCCGCAACCAGCUCCAGGCCGUCUACAAGAUGGACCCGCUCCGCAACGAGGAGGAGGUGAAAGUGAAGAUGAAGGAGCUGAACGAGCACAUUGUGUGCUUCCUGUGCGCCGGCUACUUCAUCGAUGCCACCACCAUCACGGAAUGCCUGCACACCUUCUGCAAGAGCUGCAUCGUGAAGUACCUGCAGACCAGCAAGUACUGCCCCCUGUGCAGCACCAAGAUCCACGAGACCCAGCCGCUGCUCAACCUCAAGCUGGACCGUGUGAUGCAGGACAUCGUCUACAAGCUGGUGCCCGGCCUGCAGGAGAGUGAGGAGAGGCGGAUCCGGGAGUUCUGCCAGUCCCGAGGCCUGGAGCGGAUCACCCAGCCCAGCAACGAAGACCACGUCUCUGACCGCAUGGGGCUGCCGUGCACCGACUUCGACCACUCCCGGGCUCACUACUACCGCUUCGAUGAACACGUCUCGCUCUGCCUGGAGAAGCAGGGCUCCGGGAAAGAGAAGAACAGGCACGUCCUGCAGCACAAGUACGUUCGCUGUUCGGUCCGGGCCCAGAUCCGCCACCUCCGCCGGGUUCUCUGUUGCCGUCUGGAGCUGGCCCUGCCGCACGUGCACGUGCUCUUUGACAAUGAGGUGCUGCCCGACCACAUGACCCUGAAGCAGCUCUGGCUGUCCCGCUGGUUUGGCAAGGCCUUUGCCUGCCCAGCCGCAGCGGCUGCUCAGAGCCCCGUCCGCUCUAGCGUGCACCCCCCUUGCACCCCCCAGGAAGCAUGGGCUCAGCAGCACGCGGGGCUCAGCUGCAGCCUGGGCCCUCUUCAAGGAAGCCUGGACGGGGGCACGGGGCGACCCGUGGAAAGGGGCACCUCAGUCUUGUAA